AUGAUACGUGUAAUAUGUCAAACAAUAAAAACAUCAAUCAUUAAAUUAUCAUUACGUAUGUCGUCUUUGUCUAAUCAAUCAAAUCGUCUUAAUUCAUUCGGUACUAAUGAAGAAGAUCCAAUCUAUGAAGCAACUGUUCAUUCUAUUAAAAAUCUUUCACCAACAAUAAAACAAUUUUAUCUAGCAAUUAAUGAUCCAUUAAAAACAUUUUAUUUUCAAUCUGGUAUGUUUCUAGAUUUUUAUCUUUCACCAUCAAUAACAUCGAUUAUAACGGGAUUUUCAAUUUGUAAUUCACCAUUAAAUUAUUCGAAAACACAUUUAAUUGAAUUAGCUAUUAGAGAAACUGAUUAUGCUCCAACAAAAUAUAUGUUUAAUGAUUGUCAAGUUAAUGAAAAAGUUUUUGUGAAACCAGGUGGACAGUUUUUUUAUCAACCGCCAACAACAACAACGACUAAUAAUUCUAUUCUUCUUAUUUGUGCUGGUAUUGGAGCAAAUCCUAUUGUAUCAAUCCUUCGACAUCUUCUUGAUAUACAUCAAUCUAAUAACUCUCCAAGAAAUUUUCAUCGGAUAGAAUUUUUCUAUACUGCAGCGACAAGAGAGGAUCUGGUAUUUCAUCAUAGUAUUGACUUAUCUUGUCAACAGAUGAUAAAAGAUAAUGUUCUGCGAACUAAUUAUUUUGUAACAAGAGAAAUUAAUGAUGAUAUUAAGAUUAAUAAUCGACGUAUAAAUGCAACAGAUUUACAACAAUCUAUUCAAUGGCUGGAAAAACCUGUUACCGCUUAUCUAUGUGGACCAUCAUCAUUCAUCGACGACAUAGAAAAUAUUUUAAAAAAAUUAGACGUAAAAAAGAUUUUAUAUGAAAAAUGGUGGUAG